UGUGUUUGCAUUCGAUAACUUGAGAGUUCUCUGGUCUCUUCAACAGGAGUUUGGUAUUUUACUGACACAGUGCAGCCUCUAGAGGGAGCUCUCUGUUACCUUUCAAAAGGACAACCGUUAAUUAAGACUAAUUGGCACUGUAGGGAGUUUUCUGGUAGUGUAGUGAGUAUAAUGAGGAAUACACCAAUACGUUUUUAGACAUAUUUGGACAUCUCCCUCUGCCUCCACACUGGUUUCAAUUAAAUAGGCUACAGAAGAAGAGCUAAUUUUGGAGGUUGUUCUAUUUUUGAGGGUCAUCGUUGAGCUUUGCACAGGAGUGACAGUGUGGAUGCUGGAAGCUAUGCACUCCUCUCCAAUCAUCCUUUUCUUUCUUUCUCUUUUGGUUUGGGGAAUAGGCAUCCUGCUCUUGAGGCAAUCAAGUGGAACUGUCAUAAAGAACAGCCUUGGUGAGGAGUUUUACCGCGAGGCCAUCGAGCACUGCCGCAGUUAUAAUGCUCGACUUUGUGCUGAACGCUCCAUGCGCCUGCCAUUUCUUGACUCCCAAACAGGCGUAGCACAGAGUAACUGCUACAUAUGGAUGGAGAAGACCCAUCGUGGGCCAGGUGUGGCUCCAGGGCAGCUCUAUACCUAUCCUGCACGCUGCUGGAGAAAGAAGAGACGGUUAAACAUCUUAGAAGAUCCACGUCUUGGACCCAUCGAGUUUAAAAUCGACUAUGAAGCAUCACUAAAGAAGGAAGGGGGUGUUCCUGAGGGUCCCGUUCUGGAGUCACUCCUCAGUGGAGAACUGCUGGAUAAGAAGGUUGAAACAAAGGAGGAGGAACCCAUGAGUGAAUGCCAGAAGCUGCUGGUGGGAGAUUUUCCUCACGAGCUGGACAUGGAUGAGAUGGAGGAGGAUGUUCCCAAACGCAAGAAUCGCACCAAAGGACGGGCAUGUGGUGUUGGGGGGAUGAGAAAGAGACAGGAUCCAGCAUCCCUAGAGGAUCGAGACAAGCCAUAUGUGUGUGACAUUUGUGGGAAGCGCUACAAGAACCGUCCAGGUUUGAGUUACCAUUACACUCACACACACCUGGCAGACGAGGAGGGUGAGGAAGACUCCGAACGGCACACACUGCCCUUCCAGCGCAAGAACAACCACAAACCCAAAAAAGCAGCCGAUGGUUCUGUCAUCCCGAACGGCUACUGUGACUUCUGUCUAGGAGGCUCUAAGAAAACAGGCUGUCCUGAAGAUCUAAUUUCCUGUGCGGACUGCGGCCGAUCAGGUCAUCCGUCGUGCCUGCAGUUCACGGUCAACAUGACGGCGGCGGUGAGGACCUACCGCUGGCAGUGCAUCGAGUGCAAAUCCUGCAGCCUGUGCGGAACAUCAGAGAACGAUGAUCAGCUUUUAUUCUGUGAUGAUUGUGACAGAGGGUAUCACAUGUAUUGUCUAAGUCCCCCUAUGUCGGAGCCUCCGGAGGGGAGCUGGAGUUGCCAUCUGUGUCUGCGCCAGCUAAAGGAAAAAGCGUCCGCCUACAUCACACUAACCUAAUCUCCGUGCCCUACUUCACCCUAGCAGUCUCAUCCUACUCUAUCCCAUCAUCACAGAUCCAAAGAGACUCCCCCAGCAUCCACCAGAAGAGAACAUGUUUCAUCUGCCCAUUGCCUGUAUGGUGACUGCAAGGAAAACGUAGGGUGCGAUUAACAUUUUUGUAAGCAGACCUUUCCU